CAAUAAAAAACGAUAUUUGUUGCAGAGAUGGUCAAACGCAGAAAGGAUGUUAGCGAUAGACGAACUAAUAGAGAGAUGCGAGCCCACGCAGGUGCGUCACAUGAUGCAGGUGAUAGAGCCGCAGUUUCAGCGAGACUUCAUAUCCCUGCUGCCGAAAGAGUUGGCGUUGUCGGUACUGGCCUUCCUGGAGCCGAAGGAUCUCCUAAGGGCGGCACAGACCUGCCGGAACUGGCGAUUUCUAGCCGAUGACAAUCUGCUCUGGAAAGAGAAGUGCAAGGCAGCUGGUAUAGAGGACUUGAAAGAUCUACCACCGCCGAAACGAAAGAACUGUCGGAGCGGGAACCAUAACUCGUCGCCAUGGAAGCAGGCUUACAUGCGGCAGCACAAUAUUAAAAUGAAUUGGAGAACAAAGCCGAUCCGCACUCCGAAAGUGUUGAAAGGUCACGACGACCAUGUUAUUACAUGCCUCCAGUUCUCCGGUAAUCGGAUAGUUAGUGGUUCUGAUGACAAUACUCUCAAAGUAUGGUCCGCCGUCACGGGCAAGUGCUUACGGACAUUGGUUGGGCACACCGGGGGCGUGUGGUCUUCGCAGAUGUCCGGUACGAUUGUUAUCAGUGGUAGUACGGAUCGUACUUUGAAAGUGUGGAACGCGGAAACUGGCCAGUGUAUUCAUACAUUAUACGGUCACACGUCGACGGUUAGGUGUAUGCAUCUGCACGGUAACAAGGUCGUCAGUGGUAGUAGAGACGCGACACUAAGAGUGUGGCAGGUGGACACAGGGGAGUGCUUACAUGUGCUCGUGGGGCAUUUAGCGGCGGUCAGAUGUGUGCAAUAUGACGGAAAGUUGGUGGUCAGUGGUGCCUAUGACUAUAUGGUCAAAGUUUGGAAUCCGGAACGUGAGGAGUGCCUUCAUACCUUACAAGGACAUACUAAUCGCGUUUAUUCCCUCCAGUUCGAUGGUGUACACGUUGUUAGCGGAUCAUUGGACACGAGUAUAAGAGUGUGGGAGGUAGAGACAGGUGCUUGUAGACAUACUCUGAUGGGUCAUCAAUCUCUCACUUCGGGGAUGGAGUUGCGCAAUAAUAUCUUAGUAUCGGGUAACGCUGAUUCCACCGUUAAAGUAUGGGACAUUGUUAGCGGUCACUGCCUUCAAACUCUCUCCGGUCCGAACAAACAUCAAUCAGCGGUCACUUGCCUUCAGUUCAAUAGCCAUUUUGUGAUUACGUCCUCUGAUGAUGGUACAGUAAAACUCUGGGAUGUUAAUACUGGUGAUUUCAUUAGGAAUCUAGUUGCUCUGGAAAGUGGAGGUAGCGGCGGUGUUGUGUGGAGGAUUCGAGCGAGUGAUACGAAACUAGUAUGUGCAGUAGGUAGUCGUAACGGUACCGAGGAGACGAAACUGCUUGUCCUCGACUUCGACGUUGAGGAGCAUUUGUCAACGAUGGCAGACGAAAACGAGGCGACUGAGACGUACUGAAACUGCGAGGCAGAAUGACAUUAAUCGAAGAAUCUCAAUACCUCCUGGGGCAAACGAGAAAAAACGACACGUCAUUCGGAUCAUACAGAUCUUUUUACGAGAAAUUUCGAACAUUUGUGUAACCGGCCGAUUACCGUCAAACUGAUUUUAUCAAACUGUCAGCUUCGAUAUUUUCCUGAUCAUAUGAUUUCAGACUUUAUUUGCCUAUAUAAACAUCGAUCUGGUUAAAAACAAAUAUUUUUAUAAACAUUUAUAAGCUAAUAUUUCCAUACGAUUGACGUUUAUUGAAGGAGAAUAAGGUUUUUUUCGGCAAUUGAAGCAAAAUUAUUAAAACUAAAAAAAUUUGGUUAAGAAUAUUUUCUUCUUGCAGUAAAAAAUCUACUUCAAUGUCGCGUGUUUCACUCCAUUGGUGCAAUAUAAGGCCUGUUCUUUUUAGCGAAACUUCUCUUGUACAGUGUUAAUCUUUCCUUUUUUUUCUCCAACAUGAAAAGAAAAAGAGGAAAGAUGAACCAUGCAAGAAGUUUAGCUAAAAAGAACAGGUCUGCACAAAUAUAGCGCACUUGUCACGUGCAAUACAAAGAUUUUACAGAACGAUGAACCAAUACAAGCUUACACAGAACAGAACAAUACGCCUUUGUUUUUCUAUGAUUAAAUGUUUUGAUCUCGUCAAUAUUGAGUGGACUUGCUAACGGAAGAAUAUUUGUAUUAGCCAGAUCUUUACAUUUAGUGCGGAAUCGUACGAUGAAGACUUAGAUUAUUACAUCAGUUGUCACUGAUGAAUUUUAUAUGGAUUCUACUGAAUCAUGUCAUGAAUGACAUUAUCGGAUAAUGCAAUCUGUGCAAAUGCAUCUUUAUUAUUGGACCUAGGUUAGACUAGGUGUCGUGUUUAUUUGUAUAUUGCUCAAUAGUUUAUGUUAUAAGAAUGUGUUACCUGUUGUAUCAUUUUUUUAAAAUAAGAAAUAGAAAAAAAGAUGUUGCUGCAUA